GUUAUACCUAUGGGUUAUACUAUCUAUGGGUUGUACUUACCAGCUGUAAGCUGUAAGUUGCGCAUAAUUUUACGAAAGUCUCGAAAAUUUGACGAGGACAAAAGUGCCUUUGUCAUCCAAUAACCAUGACUUCUCUUGGUAUUUCUGCUCGAUUGAAAAACCCAAGAAAAAUAGAACUGGUGAAAUCCCAAAGUCAAUCACAAAUUUUAGCCAACAAACUUAGGCAGGAUGGAGUCUUCAGCACAGUUGAAAACGUGAUGCAAGCAGUUGAUCAAGUUGCUGCUCUACUAGCUUCAUCACAUGUUAAUCCCAACAUAUCAUACAAAGAGAAUAUCAUUAACUUAUGCCAGCAUUUGAAGGUAUAUGGUGCUUACCUUGAGUUGCUGUAUCAGGACCAGAUGAACAGAGCUUUUGUUAUUUUCCGUAAUAGUUCUCAAGAUGAUGAACGCCUCGAUUAUUUAUCUCGGUUACAUUUACUCGAACUUAUCGAAUUACGAGCUAAAGGAUGGAAGGGAACUGAUAUUAUGAAUCAGUAUUACCGUAAAAAGGCUAACCAGUGUGUUCAGAUUGAAGCCUCAGAAACUGCAAGCAGUUUAUCGGAGUCUAUUACUUCUUUAACUGCAACCACGUCACUUUUGGGACCUGGUGAAGUCAUCAAGUCUUCCGGGAAAUUCGUUAAACCUACCAGGAUUCCAGGGAAAAAUUAUUGCAAAGAUGAGGUGGUCAUUCGUAAUGCUGAUUCAGGAAAAGUGAUGGGCAUCAAAGGUCGCAGGGUUCAUAUGAUAGAAGAACUUAGUGAAACGAUAAUAUCUUUUCAAAGAGUUAAUCCGGGGGCUAAAGAACGUCUGGUUCAAAUAACCGGUGCUAACGAAGAAAGUAUAAAUCAUGCAAAACAUUUAAUUGAAGACACAAUAAGACGCAAUGCUUCACCAGUGCGAGAAGGCUUGAGCGGUCCUCUGACUGGAUCCAGUUCGAGCAUUAAUUCUUCUGCAUCUGAAGACAGUGCUUUACCCCAUUCUGCACGCGUCUCGCGGGCUUUACUCCACAGCCUUAGUACCAAUGAUGCCAGUCUCGGAGAAUAUAAAUAUACAGUAGUUGUAGGAGGGCACACAAUCAAAAUCAGCGGAGACAAUUUGGAUCUCAUUAGAACCAGUAAAUUAGUGCUAGAUGAAUAUUUUUCUGGUGAACCAAUCCAAGAUAUAACCCAGUUCUAUAGCUUCGACAGUUUGCCCCAACCAAUCUUGACCCCUGAGUUGGCACAGUCUCCAUUGUCCCCUCCAGAAUCUCUGCCGUCCCCAGGUCUCUCCAAUGGACACUCGGACGAUGCAACAACAGCGCCUUUAAGAAGACCUCAUUUACCACUGGAAGACAUACUCAAAGGUAAAAUGUCCCCCGAAGUUCCCCUUGACUGCAAUGAACAUCGCAGUACAUAUUCUAACGAAACUCUAGUUCAAUUGGCUAUGUCUCCUAUGUGUCUGAAACCGCCGAUUGACUGGGAUCGUAUUUCGAAAGAGCACCCCAACAUUACUCGCAAGGAUGUUGAAGGUUUCGAUGCUAAGCAAUAUUUAUCUGAUCGUUCAGCUGACCACGUCGCAUCUAUACUCAGUGCAGACGAGCUGGAUACAGGUGAAGUAUAAUUAUUAAAUUGACUUAAUAGUUCGUCGAUGAUACUAAUUAAUCAUGGUAUUGACAAAAAAACUUUUUCAUAACUACUUUAAUUCAAUAUCAAAACUAUUUUACAUACAUACUACUAUUACUACUUAUUAUUAUUAUUGAUAAUAAUAAUAAAUUAAUUUUGUUUUGUUGUAUGUACAAUAAAGUAGACUGUUUAAAUUGCCAAAUUAAAUCUAAAAAAAAAUACAAAAAAUUGAAAAUAAGAAAAAGAAACUAAUAUUUUCUUACGACUUUUGAUAAUGUAAUUAUCGCUGUAAGUAGACAGUAUUUGUUUUAUUUUUGGAAAACGUGAAAAAUUGAUAUUUUCAUAUCUUUAUUUUUCAAUAUAAAGAUCCAUGAAUAACGAAAGAAUAAUUUCUAAUUGAACUGCUUAGGAUUUAGGUGAUAAAUACUAAUUAUAUUCAGAUCUGUUUUUCUUAAUUUAUUUUUCGUAGUUUUUCAUUAUUUUUAUUGAUUAGUUUGUUGUGAUAUUUUAUUUACAAACUUGUUAAAAGACUAAUGUUUUGUUUUGUAUUUGUUAGAAUUUAUAUUGGUAAUGUCUAAUGUCCUUAUUCAGAAAUAUUUCGUUUCUUAUGUAAUGUAAGAACCGAAAUGUUUUUGCUUUUUGAGAAAGCAGUGUAUAAGAUUAAAAAUAAUUUGUUUCUAAUAUAUGGUUUGCUAAAUCAGGCGAAUCAGUGUUCUAGUAAAAAAAGGAGAAACAUAAGAAACAUACCUAUUGCCCGAUUUCUUAAACAAACACGAAAGUGUAUCUGCUUUAGCGUAAUGUAAUUUUUAAAAUUUUAAUUAAAAAACGACUACUGCAAUAACUACCAGUUUUUAGCAGUUUAUUUAUUAUAAUAAUUACUCUUAUUACGCUGAUAACUAAAUACUAAGUUAUUUUAGUGUUAAUAAAAGCACCCGUUUGGAAACUUUAGCAUUUGUAUACAUUAAGAAAAGUUAUUGUUUCUUUAAAAAAAAUAUUUUCUUCAAAUAAAUUCUUUGUGAUUUGAAA